AUCGGAUGCAGCGGGCAGGAAGCGGCCGCGGUGCUCGAGCAGGACCCGGAGCUGGAGGCCGAGGCCGGGCUGGGAUUCACUUUGAAGGAACAUAACCCUGCUGUUUCACUGACUGGAAACAGUGGCUCACCCGCCCUUCUUCGUGCUUGUGGUGCCCACCCUGAGACAGGGCAGGGGAAGGGAAGCAGCAGGAUUUAUUUGUGCUUCCCUGAACUUGCCCAAGGGAACAGGAUGGAUGGCAGGGAGAAGUUGGUUCCAGCAGGAUCCGAGGCUCUUCUUUAAAGAGAACUUCCAGCAUCAAAAAGGCUAAAAAGCAAAAAAAAAAACUCAAAAUGGAAGGAGGCAACAGCCCCAGUCUGCAGCUGCAGCAGCUCCCGUUGGCCACAGCAGCAGUUUCUGUGCAGCCACACACAGACUCCUUCUCCUACAAGGAGAACUUGAUUGGGGCACUUCUGGCUAUUUUUGGGCAUCUUGUCAGCAGCAUUGCCCUCAACCUCCAGAAAUACAGCCACAUCAGGCUGGCAGGCUCCAAGGACCCCCGGGCUUACUUCAGAACCAAGACCUGGUGGAGUGGGUUGCUGCUGCUGCUGCUGGGAGAGCUGGGAGUGUUCUCCUCCUAUGCCUUUGCUCCCCUGUCUCUGAUUGUGCCCCUCAGUGCAGUGUCUAUUGUGGCUAGUGCAAUCAUAGGAAUUAUAUUUAUUAAAGAAAAAUGGAAGCCCAAGGAAUUUUUGAGGCGCUACGUGCUGUCCUUCCUGGGCUGUGGCCUGGCAGUUGUUGGCACUUACCUGCUGGUGACAUUUGGACCCAACAGCCACGAGAAGAUGACAGCAGAAAACAUCACCAGGCAUUUAGUGAGCUGGCCAUUCCUGCUCUACAUGCUUGUGGAGAUCAUUGCUUUCUGUCUGCUCCUGUAUUUUUACAAGGAGAGAAAUGCAAACUACAUUGUCAUUAUUCUCCUGCUGGUUGCUUUGCUGGGUUCCAUGACCGUGGUGACAGUGAAGGCCGUGGCUGGGAUGGUCCUGGUGUCCAUCCAGGGCACCCUGCAGCUGGACUCCCCCAUCUUCUACAUCAUGUUGGUGUGCAUGGUUGCCACAGCCAUCUACCAGGCCACGUUUUUAGCUCAAGCCUCCCAGCUCUAUGACUCAGCUCAGAUCUCCAGCAUUGGCUACAUCCUAUCCACCACAGCAGCAAUCUCAGCAGGAGCAACUUUUUACCUGGACUUCAUGGGUGAAGAUGUUCUCCACAUUUGUAUGUUUGCACUGGGGUGCCUCAUAGCAUUCCUGGGAGUUUUCCUGAUCACAAGGAAUAGGAAGAAGCCUGUCCCCUUCGAGCCCUACAUCUCCAUGGAUGCCAUGCCAGGCAUGCAGAACAUGCACGACAAGGGGAUUGCAGUGCAGCCUGACCUCAAAGCCUCUUUCUCCUACGGGGCCCUGGAGAACAAUGACAGCAUGCCAGAAAUCUACACCCCAGCCACGCUGCCCAUCGUGCAGGAGCAGCACGGACCCAAGGGAGUCUCUGCCCCUCCCUACAGGGUGCUGGAGCACAGCAAGAAGGAGUGAGUGACCUUCAAGGACUGAUCAGAGUCGUCAGGAGUUUGACCUUUAUUUAUUUACCUGUUCAAAUAGCAGCAAGCAUAAAGCUGACAUUGAGAAGAGCUUUGUCUGGAGCUGAACUUUCCAGGCUGAUUAUUAAAAUAAACAACUUUUUCUAGUUGGGAAGUUGAAAGCACUUGGCAGGAAGCAGAUCCCAGUUGUGCAUGGAAUUCUGCUGGCUGGGAGUGUGGAAUGAUGGACUGGUGAGUGCAGCACUGUGGAAGUGAUGAGAGAAGAGAUGCUGAGGAGGAGAAGUGACUGUGCAGUUUCCAGCCCUGCUGGGAGUGGUUUUUACUCCAGACAAGUUUUCAGGAGCUGCUCACAGAGAGAGGACAGGAUUUAAUCUUUCAUUUACAGGGACUGUGACAGAUUUCCAGGAAGGCUCUAAAUCCUGGUGUGACCACAGAGCUCCACUGACACAGCAAUAAAUGGAAUUGUUUUGAAGCACCACCACUGGAACUUGCUGUGUGUUUAGAGCAGCAGAACUGGUGAGAGUGAACACUUUGAACGCUUUAUCCCUUCAACCCACCAAUUCUGGGCACUUCUGUUCUGGUGUUGAACAUAAGCACUGAGGAUGGGGGUUGUUUUUAGAGCACCACUGGAUUAUGAGGCUUAGAACAAAGAUGAUUUGCCAGUUUUCUGGUUUCAUACCAGGACUUCAAGUUGGAUUAAAUGGUGCAGAGGGAGCACUAUAAAGGAUGAGGACAAGGAGAAAUGAGAAUGAUGUGGCUCUAUCUGGUGGGGAAUUUCUGUAAUUUUGGACAAAAUCUGAAUUCUUUAUCAUGUUUAUUUAUUUUCUUUCUGAUAGAGGCAAUAUUUCCAACUUUAGUGGUCCAAACUACUUUAAGAUAUUGAAGUUCCUUAGUUCAAAAGCUCAGUUCAGGUGAUGUAAGCUGGGAUCCUCCCCCCUUUAUUUUCUUUUAUAAAAAGGAAAAACAAGACUUGUCUACUAUUGUGGAUGGCCUGAGGAGACAAGUUGCACAGCCCAGCACUCACUGAGGCCUGUGAGGAUAAUGGAGCUUUGUGUACUUUGAUAUUUAUCUUUCCAGCUUCCAGGAGAUGGCCAGGAGCUGAUACUGGGGGAGAAUGAGGAGCUGUCAAGUGAGGAGGACAAAGUACAACAUUCUCUGGUUAUCCUGCACUUUGACAGCACUGGCUGCUCUAAAAUUGGGGUAUUUUGCUGGGAAACUGAAUUUUAAGUCCACUCAGUGUUGCUUGGGUUGUCUGUACAGUAGUCUCCAGGACUCUGGAACUUUAUUUGAAAGGAAUAGUGCUCAUGUUCUGUGUAUUUUAAGUGAUUCCCCCAACACCAGAGAGUUUGGGACUAUCUGAGAUUUUGAACAGUGUUUUUCUGAAUUUAUUUAUUUUUAUUUGUUAAAUUGACUCAUGGCCAGUUUCUGUUCCCACUGCCAGAAAUUCCCAACAACUCCUCUGACCUGAACAUGAUUAUUCCAUGUUCUUGUUGUAAAUGACAACAGAACUGUUCCUUUGCAUUUGUUAGCUCUGCCAGCUCUGCAGACUGAUUCAAUCUGGGUAUACUUUGGAUUGCUUUGGCAUUUUUGUGCAGCUUAGAAGAAUAACCUUCCCCCUGCACAGGGGAGGUGCCCUGGGCUGUACCCACAUUUCUGCACUAACUGAGCACAAUUCAGAUCUUAUCAGUGGCAUCCCCUGCACUGGAACUUAGGGAACCUCAAGAAAUAACAGCUUUCCUUUCACCCUCAAUACUUAAUUUGUGAUUAAGCAAGAUAAGGAUGUUAAUGGGCUCCUGCUGCCAGAGCAUUCAUCACUGGGGUGCAGUGACACUGAUUUACUGCCUUGGGAUGUGGUCAUCGAUUGUUGGUGAAUUUAUGGGUAGCUUUUGUUCAUUAACAAUGCAGAAUGAAGCAGUGCAGGGAGGCUGAAUGGGAAGGGCACAGGAAUUCCUUAUCUCUUCCCUUUUAAUCAACCUGUUCUGACCUAUUGGUUCUGCAGCCAUAGAACACUAAGUCUGAAAACAAGCUGUGCUACAGCACACACUUGUUCCGUGCAAUAUUCUUUGUGGUUAAUUAGGUGGUAUAAAAUAAUUCAUCAGAAGGGUUUAAAUGUUUGGCUGCUGACAUGCAGAUCUGGAUGUGCAGGGUUUAAACCCAGCAGGUGACUGGAGCACAGACCUGCAGCCUGGUUUGGGCUUUCCUGCUCAGCACAGCCCUGACAUCCUGAGAGAUGGACAGUGCCAGGGGACAGAGCUGCUCUGGGCUGCUGUGCUGCUCUCUGACCUGCUUCAGGGCUGGUUUUGCUGUAAACUCCCCAGUUCCUGAUCCUUCUCUGAGUGAAACUGCCCCCAGCCACAAGCUGAGCUUUUGUGGCAUUGUGUGGGUUUGGCCCUUUCUUUGCAAAGAUUCUAAGGGCAAGUCUUGCUCCAAAGCUUUACAUAACCAUGUUUUAUUUGCACAGUCUCUGUGUGCUCAAAUAAUUCUACUUAAUAAUGACAGUUCCCUUUACCUGCAGCCACAGAGAAAUCUCCCUUUGUUUGCUUCUGGAAACUUCCUGCCAAAGGCCUCCACUGGAGAUGGUGUCUGUUUCUACAGCACAUAAAUCACAAUAUUUUUGAUUAUUGUGCCACAACAGUGGAGCCUGGGGUGUUCCUUGGGCCUCAGCUCCAUGACUGAUGUAGGGGUAGGACUGAGGGGCUGCACCUCACUCCUGUUUGCUGCUGCUGUUCAACACUGGAAUCUUAAAGUGGGGGUAGUUUUGUUUGUUUGUUUGAUUUUAUGCACUUCCCUCUUUCUUGCUUUUUCUUGUGGUCUUCCAAAAAAUGUUAUUUUCUGCUCUUCAGCCUAAGAAAGGGCAUGAGCGGGGCCCAGAGAAACCAAGUAUCUUGUUUAAACUUGACUGAAGGACUGUGUGCUCUCUCUGGCUCUUUCAGGAGUGAAUUCAACUCCUCACCUCCCUUCUAGUGCAGAGAAGCUGAAACAGGAAGGGUUUUGCACCCUCACACUGAGCUUUUCCCAGAAUGUUUGUUAGUCUGAGGUGACAAGGGCCAUGCCUGGAAUUGCAGCAAAUAUUUACAGCUGAGCAGCACAGGAAGGUUUAAAGGAGAGGAGCCCUGUGCCACAUUCCAGGGUGAAAUAUUGAAGAGUUGUACAGCACACUCUGAUCUGUGAAUGUCAGCACUGCAGGGCUCCUGCAGGACCCUGCACAUGGCACAGCACCCCCAGAUUCCCAAUGGGAAGGAUUUCUCAGCACUCUGGUGAAGGAGCAGCUCCUUGGUUCAUCCCUUGGCUCCUAUACCCAGUGUGAACUGACAUCUCUUACCUCCAUCCUGUGGCUUCUGGAUGCACAGAGCACUUAAAAGAUCCUCAGUGUGUAUUUUAUGUGUAACUUAACUCUGUGGAGCACAGCUGAAUGUAUAAAAUGAUCUGCCUACACCAUUCUCCUUUCACCUUAAAAUGUGUAAAUAAAUCAAGCUUUACACUCUUGCACUAUAAAGGACAAUUGCUUCAUUUUUCA